CUCCCUUUCCUUUUCUCCCACUGCUCCCCCCUACCCUUUCUCUCUCUCUCCUCUCGUCCUCCCUCACCCCACCCCAUGGCCACCACCACCACCCACUGCUCCUCCUCCCACCUCGCUACUUAUCGUGUCUGCGCUGCUCCUGCUCCUGCUCCGGCGCCAUAGAGAUCGACGUACGCGCACGUAGAUUGGUCGGAGCCGCCGAUCGAGCUGGUAGUACUAGUAGUGGUGGAGCAGGAGGCGGAGACUGACUGGCUGGUGAGUUGAAGCUUGAGCGGGAGGAGGAGGUUGCCUCCGGCGGGCCCCGGAUCGGAGAUGGUGCUGGAUCUCAAUGUGGCGUCGCCGGAGGACUCGGGUACGUCGAGCUCGUCCGUCCUCAACUCCGGGGACGGCGGCUUCCGGUUCGGCCUGCUCGGGAGCCCCGUCGACGACGACGACUGCUCCGGCGAGAUGGCGCCGGGCGCCUCCUCGGGAUUCACGACGCGGCAGCUUUUCCCGGCCCCGGCCCCACCGGCCGAGCCGGAGCGGGCGGCGGCGCCAGUGCCGGUGUGGCAGCCACGCCGCGCCGAGGAUCUCGGCGUGGCGCAGAGGCCGGUGGCGCCCGCGAAGAAGACACGGCGCGGGCCGAGGUCGCGUAGCUCGCAGUACAGGGGCGUCACCUUCUACAGAAGGACGGGCCGCUGGGAGUCGCACAUCUGGGAUUGCGGGAAGCAAGUCUACCUAGGUGAGCGCCUGAGUUCUAUAAGUUUUAGCUGUUUAUUAGGCUUCGUUCGUUUGAUUUGGUUUCGAUGUCCUGAUGCUGUUCUAUCAGGUGGCUUUGACACUGCGCACGCAGCUGCGAGGGCAUACGAUCGAGCUGCGAUCAAGUUCCGCGGGCUAGAAGCUGACAUCAACUUCAGUCUGGGCGACUACGAGGAUGAUCUGAAGCAGAUGAGGAAUUGGACCAAGGAGGAGUUCGUGCACAUACUCCGCCGACAGAGCACGGGGUUCGCAAGAGGGAGUUCCAAGUACCGCGGCGUGACGCUGCACAAGUGCGGCCGCUGGGAGGCGAGGAUGGGCCAACUUCUUGGCAAGAAGUACAUCUAUCUUGGGCUCUUUGACAGCGAAGUUGAAGCUGCAAGAGCAUAUGACAGGGCAGCCCUUCGCUUCAAUGGGAGGGAAGCUGUUACUAACUUUGAGCCUAGCUCCUACAAUGCAGGAGAUGCCCUGCCGGACACCGAAAAUGAGGCAAUUGUUGAUGCUGAUGCCGUUGAUUUGGAUCUGCGGAUUUCACAACCUAAUGUGCAAGACCCUAAAAGGGACAAUACUUUAGCUGGCCUCCAGCCAACAUGUGACUCCCCUGAAUCAUCGAAUACGGUGACUACGCAGCCAAUGAGCUCAUCGUCCCCGUGGCCUAUGUAUCACCAAAGCCCAGCAGUACCAUCUCACCAUCAGCGCUUGUACUCAUCAGCUUGUCCUGGCUUCUUUCCGAACCAUCAGGAAAGGACCAUGGAGCGAAGGCCUGAGCUGGGCGCCCAGCCAUUCCCCACCUGGGCAUGGCAAAUGCAGGGCUCCCCUCACAUGCCGUUGCACCACUCUGCAGCAUCAUCAGGAUUCUCUACCGCCCCCGGCGGCGCGAGCGGCGGCGUGCCGUUGCCGUCUCGCCCUCCGGCGGCGCAGUUCCCAAACCACCACCAAUUCUUCUUCCCCUAGACCGCUUGGCACUUGACAACCUGCUGCUCCGGCUCAACUCCUUUGGGCCUCUGGGACGGCAGGAGCUGAUCUUGUGUCGCGGCUUGUUUCCCGGUAACCGUGUUGUUUAUUAUAGGGAGGAAAGAGAGAGAGAGCCAGAAGUAUGGCUCGUCUCCCUCCCUGGUAUGGUAUGGUGCCCUUGCUUAAAAUAUGGGUUAUUGCUACAAUCCCUUGGAUUUGUCAUGGUUGAGAUUUUUCUACCCAUGCAUCAGUAUUAUAUUUCGUUUUCUACCGGAUCA